AUGUCCAUCCGAUGGGUCAACCCCGGCAACAACGAGCCCAACACCCUCCCAUGGCUGAUAAAGUCCUACAUUGAUAGAGAAGAUCCUUCACCAGCAAUGAAUGAAAUGAUCCAUCUCGCCGAGCUCCUCAUUCUCUCCAACCAUCUCACAGAAGCCCAUCUGAUCGUAUCAGCAGUCUGCAAAUUAGCAGAGAACUUCGAAACAAACGCCAAAGGCGAGCCUCUUGCGUACGAGAUAGGGAUCCCAUAUGCUCUACAGACAUUCUGGCAUAUACACAAAGACACCUUCCCUUUACCGAAAAGACUACCCCCAGGCAGUAGUACUGCCUUCUCCGAAAAAGAGCUCGCCGAAAUACAAUGGAACAAAUUCCGCGAAUGCACCCGCACCGGCUGGAUGCUGGACCGUCUCGGGGUCGUCGAGCCAAGCAACCCAUCCUCUAUCUGGCGCGACACCGACAGCCCAGAAAUGCUAGCGAUGUGUGCGCGACUACUCGCUAAAACGACAACGCCGGGCACAUACCCGCCCGACAACGUAGCCCGCGAGGCGGUCGAGGUAGCGCAGAAACUGUAUGCGAUGCCGCAGACGCCGCUUGAAGAGUGUGGCUGGGAUGCUGGCAAACCACACAGACACUGGUAUUUGCUGUACAGGCGGUUGGUUGUGGAGCUUGCGAUUCGCGUGGGUGAGCUACAAACUGCGGCGGACGUUCUCGGACAAGGGUUGAGAGAAGAUGGGUUUACGACGGGGGAUAAUUUGAGUGAUUUGCUUCUGAUUCCUGGUAUCUACGAUGUCUUGCCUUUGUUAACUGCGGGUGGGAAGGUAAGUAAUCCGUUUUUCAUUUCUAAGGAGGAGGCCGUGGUUAUGGUGAGGGAGAUUGUUGCUGCGCUGGAGCUAAGGGCGGAGCAUGGGAGACAGUGGGAGUUGCAUCCGUCUAAGGUUGGAUGGAGGGAGUUGUUGGAUCGACUUGCUGAGGGGACGUGGAAAGCGCAUAAUAAAGAGUGUCGGGAAAUGGGCUUGGGAUGUGCUCAGGAUGUCCUAUUUGAACCUGCCACCGAGGAGGAGAUUGCGGCUGCGGAGAAGAAAUUUGGCGAGCUGCCUGCUGAUUUCAAGGAGAUGGUUCGGAUUUCGAACGGGCAAGUGUUGCAAACUCCAUUUCUCGCCAAAGAUGCUCGUACUAUGGAAGACAAAUUAACUAAUCCCAUCCUCAGGUUCAAAGGUGGCUGGCACUUCUUUGGUGGUGGUUUAGCGGGUAUUCGGUCCAUGAGCAUGGAUGAAAGUGGCUGUGCAGAUGUCGGAUAUAUGCAUUAUGAAGACGAGUUGGAAGACUUUGGUCUUAGUGAGAUGAUUGAGCUUCGGCCUGGCACGGAAAGUGAUUCAUUCAGUCACUAUAUCGUCAGUCCGAAGUGUUGGAAAGAGGCCAUGGAGAAGGCAGGGAAAGAAGUCAAAGAUGGCGAUUAUCAGUACUGGUAUUGGGCAUAUUGGUGGGGCAGUGGUAUACGCCAUUUCGACUCUGUGCGUGAUUUUGUGGCUCACUGUGUUGAGGAAGUGGAAGAGAUGAUUGAGAAGGGCGGAGAAGAGUAUGAUGGCUGA